AAAAGGACACAAGUGGCUUCUAUAAAUGCACAUCAAAUCUAAUAUCACUUGCCAUCCCAAGAUCUAAAGACCACCAUGGAGAUUUCUUCUCAUAUCCAAACCAUUUUUGGGCUUUUUGUUAUGCUAGCAAUCUAUACUAUCCUAAAAAUUGCAUCAAAAACCAAGAAGGCUUACACCAAACGCAUCGAAAUCCCUGAACCAGCUGGGGCAUUGCCCUUCAUAGGCCACCUCCAUCUUCUAGGAAGCCAAAUCCCAGCUGCCCAAUCUCUUGGAGCCAUUGCCGAUAAAUUUGGCUCAUUCUUCUCGCUCAAGAUCGGUUUCCACCGAUUCAUAGUAGUGAGUAGUUGGGAAAUGGCAAAGGAAUUCUUAGCCACCAAUGAUAGAACUUUUGCUACAAGGGCAAGCAUAGCGGCUGGGAAAUACAUGGGUUACAACAAUGCUGUUUUAGCUCUUGCUCCUUAUGGUCAAUAUUGGCGUGAUGUAAGAAAGAUGGCCACUCUUGAGCUUCUCUCAAGCCAUAGGCUUGAAAAGCUCAAGCACGUAAGAUUCUCAGAAGUGGAGUCUUUGAUUAAAGACUCGCACUUGCUUUGUACAAAUAACGAGGUGGUGACUAUUAGUAAGUUGUUUGAGCACAUGACCUUCAAUAUCAGCCUCAGGAUGAUUGUUGGUAAGCGAUUUUCAGCAACCACAUAUGGUGAAAAAAGGAGUGAGGCAUGUCGUUUUCAAAGUGCCAUCAAGGAUGCUCUAUAUCUUGCUGGCGUGUUUGUCUUGUCUGAUGCUAUUCCAUAUCUUGAAUGGAUGGACUACCAAGGGCAUAUAGGUUUCAUGAAGAGAACAGCUAAGGAACUUGACUCGGUGCUUGAGAUUUGGCUUAAUGAACAUCUCCAGAAACAAUUAGAGCAGAAGAGUGAUGGUGAAAGCGAUUUCAUGGACGUGAUGCUAUCGAGCUUUGCAGAGGAUGCUGAGAUUUCUGGGCAUACACGCGAUACCAUCAUCAAGGCAAAUGCACUGAUUCUCAUCCUUACAGGAGCAGGAAGCACAGCUACUACACUAACAUGGGCACUCUCCCUACUUUUGAACCACCCAAGUGUGCUAAAGGCUGCCCAAGAAGAGUUAGAUAUGCAUGUAGGGAAAGAUAAAUGGGUGGAAGAAUCAGAUAUCCAAAACUUAAAAUACCUCCAAGCCAUUGUUAAGGAAACCUUACGUCUGUACCCACCAGGUCCCCUUACAGGAGUACGUGAGGCCAUGGAAGAUUGUACUGUUGGUGGCUAUUUUGUUCCAAAGGGCACUCGUUUGCUCAUUAAUAUAUGGAAGUUGCAACGAGACCCACGUGUGUGGUCGAACCCAUCUGAAUUCCAACCAGAGAGGUUUUUGACAACUCAUGCAGACAUUGAUGUUCGGGGUCAAAAUUUUGAGUAUAUUCCAUUCAGUUCUGGUAGAAGGUCAUGCCCUGCAAUCACAUUUGGCUUGCAAGUGGUUCACUUGGCACUAGCUCGUUUGCUUCAAGGAUUUGAUAUCACACCCAUGGCAGGUGUGAAGGUGGAUAUGCGUGAAGGACCAGGAAUUGCAUUACCUAAGGUCGAUCCAUUGGAUGUUAUACUCAAGCCUCGGCUUUCGAUGGAGCACUAUUAAUGGAUGUGAAGCUAGUACUUAAAUUUGAAGGUUAUCAUGAAAAUGUACUCUUAUUUGGGAAAAUUAUUUAGUACCCGUAGAAUAUAGUGACAUGGUAUUUCAUCAUCUCACAUUAAUAAUUAUUUCAUGUCUUUGUAGAAGUGUUAAAUAACUAUUGGCUUAGUAUUGUGGCUUAA